AAGAAAAUGAGUUGCUUUAUUGUAUAUCCCCGCUAAUUGUAGUGUCGUAGUCUGUUGCUAUAGUGGUUUAAUGACAAGUUGUAUUUUUGUAUGUUUUUUAGGUGAAAUUUCGCAUUAAAAAGGUUUUUUCUGGAGUAAAUAUUAUCGGUGGCAUUAUAUUCUUGAAAUGCGUUACAUUUGCUGCACCUUUAUCAGAAAAUGUUACUUGAUACUGAUAUCUGCUCAAUGUAAUGGAUUAAGCGAGGCAUUGAUAAUGCGUAUUCAAAAGGAUAUUGGGAACAAAAAGCAUCAGUCUUUCAACAUUCCAGUAAUGCGAAAAAUCAGUGUAUAUUCCCUUCAGUCCAUAGACGUAAAGCUAUUUAUGAAUGUCAACAUACACAGGUUUCUCCACCAAAUGAGGAAGAUGGUAAUCAACUGAUGAUGAAGAUUGAAUCCAAAUGGUGGUGCCCAUUAACAGACAAUUAUGAUCAUUAUCCUGAAUGGCAAAGUUGCCCAGAGACAGCAUCUACUUAUGGUGGUAAUGAUCCUGGAAAACAGUGUCAUUUCCCAUUUGUCUAUCGUAAACGCUUGUAUUCCACAUGUAUUCGAGCUGGUGGCAGUUUGCAUUAUGAGAAUCCAAAUGAUCCUGUUCCUACAGACAAUGGCGAAAGUGGUUAUUGGUGGUGCUCUACAACACCAGACUUUGAUUUUGACGGUAAAUGGACAAAAUGCCGGCCACAGUUAGCCUAUCAGUUACCAUGUUAUUUUUCAAGUAUGCUGAACACUGUCGGUGGCCUUGUACAGAAUAGUCAACAUGAAUGUCAACCAUUUGCUGGACACUGGAUAUGUCGUACUGAAUUAAAUCAAAUACGUGAAUGUCCUAAAACUGUACAGAAUCUUCACAAUAUAAAAACAGAAGGUGGGAAUGAUCCUGGGUUUCCAUGUCAUUUUCCGUUUCAAGCUACUAUUUCCUUACACAGAGAUGAGGAUCAAAGCGCGAAUAUUCCUGUGAGAAAACAAAAUUAUACUCGUUGUCUGCCUGGAAUCGGUGAGUCAGGAUCUUCACAACAAUUAUCAAUAUAUCCAACAUGGAUUGGUUAUUGGUGUGCAACUACAGACAAUUAUGAUAGAGAUAAGUUAUGGACACGGUGUAAUGUUGACUUGACACAACCAGAGCAUCUUACCUUUAUUUCAUCGAAUAAAUAUAUACAGAAGUUUACACUAUCAGAAAUAUGGUCUAAGCUGAUGUGGUUAAGUGUCCUAAAAGAAAGUGAAAAAGUCAAAAUUGUUUUACCUAACCAGCUUUAUGGAAAUGAUUUCUCUCAGUCUUUAAGUCACUUAGAAUAUUUACAUGCAUCAUGGGAAUUACUUGAAAAACGUAAUGAUCAACACCAGCUAAUAACAAAGGAGUACAAAACAUCUCAAGAAAUCAAUGAACUCAAUUGGUGGACAUGGUUAGCACCAUUCUGGUGGAUAACUUAUAAACUGAAUGAGACUUAUUCACCUGAUUCAGUUUUUCAUGAAACUGUUAUACACAGUAAACAUGUAAGCACAUUAAAUAUUGGCAAUAAUGAUAAUAAUCGUAAAAAUCCAUUAAUUUAUGGUUUAAAACUACCACUGUGGUUAGAUGAUUGGAGUGAAUCAGCCUGGGAUAAUUAUGCAUUACAUAUGAAAAAUCGAUGGAUAAAUUUAAUUAAACAUUUAUAUCAUAAAUGGUUACAAUCAUGGUUAGUUGCAUUUUCAGUCGGUUUUAUAUCAGCUAUUGGGAUAAUUAUUUUUAUAUUACUGAUCAUCAUUUUAUUAGUGAAAAAAUCAAUACGGAUACAAAUGAUUAGUAGUGUUCUACGUUCAAAAUAUCAAUCCUAUGAUAAGAGUGAUUUUGGGGAGAAAUAUAAAAUAAAUGAUACUAUUAAUAAUGAUGAUAAUGACAAAAAUAUUAUCAAUAAUGUUGACAGUCAAACACUGUGUUCAGUUAAUGUUACAAAUAUUGAUGGAUUACAAAAGACACUCCAUUUAAUUCCACACUGUCAUGGCUCAUUUAGUACUUGUAAUACAGAUAAUAUGCCAGGCUGCAUAAAACAACUAACGCUAUCCAAUACAAAUGAUACAUUCAACUCAUCGAACUCUUUUCAUCAAUCGGUGAAAAAUUUUAAAGAAUUUGAGUCGACUGAACAUAAUCCUGAUCGUUUAUUGUUAUUAUCAUCAUCAUCCCCGUCAUCAUCAACAUCGUUAUCAGUAUGUAGGCCUAUUAAGAAUUCAGUACAGUCAAGAUGUUGUGAGUAUUCAUGGAAGAUGCCUAUUUACGAUACUACUAGAACAACAAAUAUUACUGCUACUGCCCUUACUAGUAAUAGUAAUAAUAAUUUCAAAAGAAACAGUAUUCUAGAUACAGCUAAUAACUAUUAUAUCAGUAGUAUUAUUAAAGAACAUAUCAAGUGUAUUUUAGAUGAAAUUAGUCAAUCUUUUAGUAAUGAAGGAAAGUUAAAUGAUGUUUCAAAGUGUAUGCAAAAUGUAUCUAGAAUUAUUGAUUUAUAUUUAAAUCAACAUUCUAAAUACUUUUAUAACGAUGAGAAGGAGCAUAUUGUCAACACUCAAGGUUAUUCAUUGGAUUCACAUCAAGAAUUGGCAAAAUGUUGUUUAUAUACCAUUGAUGAUGUUGAUCAUGAAUAUACAUGUUGCUGUCGUGACUAUUCAGAUCAUAAUGGUCGUCGCCGUCUCGAUCCACCUCCACGCCCACUUUAUUGUCAUCCUCAUGAUUACAGUACUCUUUCUUACUGUGAUAAUUCACCAAGGCAUAGUAUUACAAAUUAUGAUAAUCAGGCAGAGGUUGUUGAACCUAGUGCGCCGCCUCCAAGUUAUGAUCAAGUUGUUCCAAUAUUGUGAGUAAAUGUGAUGUUCCCUCUGGAAUAGGAUCUCACUCUUUGUCUGUUUGUUUUUCCUUUAAAAUCUUAUAUUCAGUCUAUUUUCCAGUGGUUUACAGUAUGCUUCACUUAUUUCGCUUAUUUUUCAUGCAUAAACUACUUACACUACUACUACUACUACUACUGAUAUUGUUUUUCGAGAAUUCAGAUGAUCAACAAAAGUGAGAACAGAUAUUUGUUUACUUAUUCACUCUCCAGGUGACUACUGUAUUUUGUUUUUCACGUCGAAAGAGAACAACUAACUGACCAAUUCUGAAAUGAAUGUUUAUCAUUGCUAACGUUUGUGUUUUUGUUUAUGUGUGUGCGUGUAUAUAUUUAUUCCUAUGUAUAUAAAGAAUAUUUUGAUAAAUGUUAUGUGCCAAAAUUUUACGAUAACGAUGAUAAUAAUAAUAAUAGCACAU